AUGGAGGAACAGGUCGUCUCCGCCAUCCUCAUCAGCUAUGAUCCCUCCGCAGAUCAGACCCUCAAGCGACAAGCCUUCGAAUACGUCAAUCAACUACGGCAAGAGCCGUCCGCAUGGCAGCCAUGCCUGAACAUCUUUACACAAGAGCCACGGCCUGCGGAAGUGGUGCGAGUAUUCUGCCUGGAAAUCGUGAAUAAUGCCAUACAGACCGGACUGGUGGAUCAGCAAGCGCUGCACGCCGUGAAAGAGCAGAUAUUGUCAUUCCUACAGCGCACACAUGGUCCCGGGACGGAUGCUGCCACCAUAGACACAGCCUCGAUCGAGAACAAACUUGCCUCAACCGUCACGAACCUCUUCACCUCGUUCUACGCUACAGACUGGACGUCAUGCUUCGACGACCUACUUGCAUUGACCACAACGAAUGCCGGGGUGCGGGACAAUGCGAAUGGCGCCGUAUUUUACCUCCGAGUCGUCAACGCCAUUCAUGAUGAGAUCGGCGACCAACUUCUGUCACGGUCACGCCCGGAGCAAGACAAAGCCAACAUGCUCAAAGAUCUGAUUCGUGAGAGAGACGUGCGUAAGAUCGCAGCAUCUUGGCAGGACAUACUCCAUCAGUGGAGAUUGAGUCACGACCUCAUCGCCGAAUUGUGCCUCAAGGCUAUCGGCAAAUGGGUAAGCUGGAUUGACAUUCAACUCGUGGUCAAUCAGCCAAUGAUUGAGUUGUUAUUUCAGCAACUCGAGCGAGCCCAACAGACAGGUCUGAGCGCAAGCUCGGAGAAGGCCAGAGAUGCUGCAGUCGACGUCUUUACCGAGACCAUCAGCAAGAAAAUGCCACCUGCUGACAAGGUUCAACUUCUCACCUUCCUCAAUCUUGAUUCAGUAGUGUCCCAACUCAUCACUUGCCCACCACUUGCAGACAGCCGGGGCAGUUCUAUCUACGACGUUGAUUUGGCGGAAACUGUCGCCAAGCUGGUGAACGCUGUUGUGGUCGAUAUUGUCAAAAUACUGGAGAAUGAGAACAGUAGCGGCGAGACGUGGGCGAAGGCCGAGCGUUUCCUCACGUCCUUCUUGCCCCACGUCCUGCGAUUCUUCUCUGACGAGUACGACGAAGUCUGCUCGACCGUCCUUACCGCGAUGAACGAUGUACUUGCGUUCCUAAGACGCACAAGUCAAGGGCAGCCUCCAUCACCACAGCGGACGGUCAUGCUCUUGCCCAUACUGAAAGCGAUCUUCGGCAAGAUGCGAUACGAUGAAACAGCAUCGUGGGGAGACGAUGACGACAAAACCGAUGAGGCAGAGUUUCAGGAGCUUCGAAAGCGGUUAGCAUCAUUACAACAGUCUAUCGCAGCGUCUGAUGAGGAUCUGUACAUCGAAGCCGUUUCUGCUCUGGUACACGACACGCUCGAGAAGCUUCACAACAGUCCUAGCCAGGUCAACUGGCGAGAUCUUGAUCUGGCUCUCCACGAGGUCUACUUGUUGGGAGAAAUGGUCGCCAAAGGCGGCGGUGGCUUGUAUCAGAAGAACAAGCCAAAUUCUCCGGCGGCCGAAAAGCUUAUUCGAAUGUUACUCAGGAUGGUGCAGGUCAAUACCGGCUCCUUCAAUCACCCGGCGAUACAACUCCAGUACAUGGAGAUUUGCGUACGGUACUCGUCCUUCUUCGAGCAUAACACAGAACACAUCCAGAACACUUUGCAGACAUUUCUGCAAUUAGCCCAUCACUCGAGCUCCAAAGUCCGGAGACGGUCUUGGUACUUACUGCAGAAGUUCAUACGACAGCUGCGGUCACAUCUCGGAGCGGCUGCAGAAGUAGUCGUACAGAGUCUGGGAGAUCUCCUGACGAUUCGCGCAGAGCCUCCAAAUGACGAUGACGAUGAUAUGUCAUCCGAUGCAGAGUCAUCAUUCGACGCAGCCUUCACAAGUCAGCUCUAUUUGUUCGAAGGCGUUGGCUGCAUCGCAGGAGCACCAAUGUCCCUCCAGAAAAGCAAGGCAGGCAGUGAGCAAGCUAUUUUGCAGAUCCAUCACGAUCUCCACGCUCUUGGAACCUUGGCUAGAGGCUUUUCUGACUGGAUGCCAGGCUCGACGGCGCCGGAACCGAACUUAGAGGUGAAGCAAGCAUUCUCACGAGUUUCAGACGCUACACUUUUGGCGCUCGGGACACUCAAGUCCUCGGCACACAUUCGGACGGCUGCACGCUUCGCAUUCCCACGACUGAUAGGCAUGGUCGGACUACAGAUGGUCCAGCAGCUACCGCAGUGGGUUGACGGACUCUUAUCCGACACUUCCAGCAGAGACGAGAUGGCGCUGUUCCUGCGGCUGCUCGACCAGCUCAUUUACGGAUUCAAAUCUGAAGUCUCGAGCUUCCUUGACACAAUGUUCACAGGCCUCGUACAAAGAGUCUUUGCUGGCAUCUCGGCGACAACCGCUGGUACCGAUGACGAGAUCGAGCUCGCGGAGCUGAAACGAGAAUAUCUGAACUUUUUGACUGUGAUCUUGAAUAAUGACCUGAGCUCAGUCUUGAUUAGCGAGACGAAUCAGCCUAUGUUCGAAACCAUCGUCGGCACACUCGACCACUUUUCAAAAGAUACCGAAGACUACACGACAGCCAAAAUGGCAUUCACCGUCAUGUCCAAGAUGUGCCUGGUUUGGGGCGGACCCGACGUUGUUGGCCCCACCGGUCAACCAAGCGGCGCGACUGCGCAGCCAGCGAUGGCCGGCUUCGACCGAUACAUGAUCAGCCGCUUCUCACCAUUAUCGUGGGCGAUGGCAUCCAAUUCAAACUUCAAUCGGUCAGACGCGCAAGCAAGACAGGUGCUGCAAGAGGCAGCGGGUUUGCAGAAGGCUCUGUACCAGAAGAACGGAGAGGCGUAUCUGACCUGGCUGCGCGACAACGAGCUGCGAAGCAUGGGCAUGAGUGAUAGUAUGAUCAGCGAGUAUGUGGGCACGCUUUCGACGCAGGAGCCGAGGGCUUUUAAGGCUUUCUUUGCGAAGUUCAUUGCGCAGGCUGGUCGGUGA